AUGGCAGACGUAAAUGCAAAAUCGAAUGCAGAAGUAAAUGCAAACGCAAAGGCCAAUGCAAACUCUAACGCAAAUGUAAACGCAAACGUAGAUGCGAAACUUAGACUCAGGUGUAAAUGUGAGCAAACGCAAGUGAAUAGAAAAUUCAAACUCAAACGCAAAUGUAAAUGCACUUGCAAACGUAGUUGUACCGGCAAAUGCAUGCGUAAAUGCAAUGCAAACGCAAAUGUAAAUGCCAACGCAAAUGUAGAAAUGCAACUACAUCGAUAUUGGCCCCUGCAUUUACGUUUGCGACUGCAAUCACAUUUGCAUUUACGCAAGCGCGGUUGUAAAGCAAACGUAAAUGCUAAUGUAUAUGCAAACGCAAGUGCGAAUACUAAUGCAAAUGUAAAAACAUGUGCAAGUUUAAAUGCAAACGUAAAUGCAUAUGUGAAUGCAAACGCAAUUGCAGAUGUAAACGCUUGCGUAAAUGCAAAUGUGAUUGCAGUUGCAAACGUAAAUGCAAGGGCCAAUACAGACGUAAUUGCAAAUGCAAAAGUAAAUGCCGACGCAAAUGCAAUUGUCAAUUUAAACGCUGAUGAAACACUUGCCUUUGCAUUUACAAAUUUAACUAAAUAA